GAACAAGUGGAUGUAGAUUAUUGGAAUAGUGUCAUUAUUUAAUAUGUGUUUUUAUUUUUGUUUUACAUUUGUUUUUAAACAUAAUUGAAUAAAUAAAUUGAUAUUGAGUUGUGGGAACUAUGUACGUAGUGCCGAACCUGAAUACUAUCCAUGACGACGUAUUAUUUUCCCUUAUUUAAUUUAAUUUAAAGAGUUUUCAACAUAAAACUAGGGCAGUUUUAAGGUUAUAAUCGAGGAUUCAAAUUUCACACAACUUAUGUGAACUUUCUAAGUGAUAUAUGAUAAACCAAUGGAUGUCCAUCAAUGGCUUCUGAACAGAAAGGAGAAAGAACAGGAGCUAAAGAUAGUGGAAGUCAAACCAUGUUAUCAGAGCAAAAGAAGGAGAAAGCUGAAUGUAAAUCACAGAAUAAGCCGACUCCCUGGGAAAGAUUUUCUAACUGGAUCCACUGCAUCUGUAUUGUCACAUUUGACUUGGAGCUGGGACAAGCAAUUGAGGUUUUGUACCCGGUAGACGCUCAACUACAGGAGGAAGACAAAGCGAACAUUUGCUACCUGGCGUUCCCAGACUCUAACUCCAGUUGCAUGGGAGACACCAAGUUCCACAUCCGCAUCCGUCAGGCUCCCGGUGGUCCUGAUCUUCUCCCAAUCCAUACUCUUUACAACCAAAAGUGUCCUGUAUAUCUGCAAAUUGAUAAUGGCUAUUUUUACGGAUUUGUUUAUUUUCGCCAAGUUAAAGACAUAUCACUGCCCAGGGGAUAUUUUCAAAAGAGUGUAAUUAUUAUAUCGCGGUUCCCUUUCAUCAACUUGUUUAGCGAAGUUGUUAGCUUAGUAGCUCCAGAGUUCUUUGAUCAUGGCUUAAACAGUGUGGAGGCUGCAUGCCAUGAUAUUGACCAGUGGGCACCUCCUAUUCCAGGCGACACUCUCAAUUUGCCAAUUAUAGGCACUGUUCUUCAGGUCCAAGUGCCAUGUGACAGUGCCAAGAGCAACUCAGGUGGUGGCCCGCUCAAUGUGGCAAAUGUGCCUCCAACAUUGCUUCCUACCGUUCUACCAUCCAUCUAUGAGAUUAACACUUUCCAAGUAUUUUCUACCGUGCUUUAUCACAUGCACUUACUAUGGGAACUGGUGUUAACUGCAGAACCCAUUGUAGUCAUGGCUUCGUCUCCGGCCACUUCUGCACAGAUGGUCCAAGCCCUUGUCAGUAUGAUAACUCCACUGAUGUACUAUGCGGAUUACCGACCAUACUUCACAAUACACGACAGCGAGUUUCGAGAAUACACAACGAGAACACAUGCACCGCCACCGAUUAUUCUUGGUGUCACUAACCCAUUCUUUGCCAAGACACUGCAGCACUGGCCUCAUAUCAUCAAAGUACCUGAUUCUUCAAAUGGUGGCAGUUUUCAGAAACACAAGAUAAGGAAAGGUAACCAUUUGAAGAUGCUAGACACAAAGCCAGGAGUUUAUACUCAGUACCAGCCAUUUCUGCAGAAGGAUAAAACAAUCUUGAAAAAGGUUUUGAAGGGUGUCCAGACAAAACGGCCAGGAGAAGUGCAGUCGGCUCUUCUGCGACGCCACUUGCUAGAGCUGACACAGAGCUUCAUGAUUCCUCUCGAGAGAUACAUGGGAACCCUCAUGCCUCUUCAGAAGAAUAUUUCCCCCUACAAGGCAGCUCCUCAACCAUGGCCGUUCAAUCCUGAUGAUUUUAUAGCAUCACUGGAAACAUCAGGUCCACAGUUGACAUCAGGAGUGAAGGGUGACUGGGUUGGACUCUAUCGUAAAUUUUUCCGUUCCCCCAAUUUCAGUGGUUGGUACAAUGCCCGCUACAAGGGUAUGAGUCAGAAACUUCAAAUCCUGCAACUUGAGGCUCUCUCUGAUGCGGACUUGAAAAAGUGGGUGAAAGAUAAGAAAGAAGUGGAAGUGGUUGAUAUGAUCUUGAAGAUUAAGUGUAAGCUGGAGAAAUGUGAUGCUGAAGAUAUGCCUCUGGGGGAAGAAACUCGCAGACAGUUACAGUGCCGUCUGCAGGACAUUGUGUGUACCUUGCCAGAAGACUUGCGAACAGUUCUCUCCUACAGCUGAUACCAACAUUUUCUCCUUCCUUUAUUCUCUUUCAUGCUUCUCUCAAACAUUUCCACAUCUGUUUUAGUUUAUAUUUACUGAGGUCGGUUAAAUUAGCCAAUGAAUUGUAUUUAUAGUUUUAUUCUUUAUGACUUCAGAUAGCUAGAAUAGUCUCAUUGAAGCAUUGUUGUUUGUUACACUCUUACUUAUUUAGUUUUUAUAUUCCAAAAUUUUAAUUUUAAUAAUUUACAUUAGUAAUAAAUUAUUAUUACCAUUACUAUCUAAUAAUGAUAGUAAAUAAUAAAAAAUAUAGAUGAGGCAUUAUUAGAUGUGGUGGAAUGUCCAGAACAACAGAAUUUUUUAUCUCUGUAUCGUUGUGGUGCACGUGUGCUAAAUUUUGUAAUAUUGAAAGCUUUUCUUUUUUCUCAAGAUAAACUGUAUUGUUUGGAUGGUAGAAUUUAAAAUAUAAAUUGGUUCCAAAAAAAAAUUCAAAUAUAUUUAUUAUCAUAAAGUUAUUGUAGAAAUAAAGUUGACUGGUUUCUCUCACAACAUAGUACAUGAAAAAAUACUCUAAUAAUAGUUAAUUUUUAGUUUUUUUUUUGAAAAAUUAUUUCAAACAUUAAGUUUAUUUAAAAGUUUAAAGGAUUGAUGGUAUGUAUCAGUGGUUAUUGGUAACCAGUGAACCAGUGGUUUACUGUGAAAUCAAUUUCUCUUUGGGCUUUCAGGCUCCUACUGAACAUUAGGUCUUAGCACUUGGGACUGUUAUCAAUUGUAACGAUAUGAGCAUCAUUUAUUUUUAACUAGGUCCUCAGACCUCCAAGACAGUAUGUCUAUCCCAGGUGGUGUUUCCAUUGUCAAUUGCCAUAAGUGCUCUAUCACACACUCACCUUAAACGAAGGGAAUUUGGAUACAAUCCGAUAAGUGUGCAUAUGGAUUGUAUCUCUUACCUCAUUUUGAGGAUCUGUUUAAAUUUUAAACACCAGAUUGGCUAGAGUGUAUGCAAUGUUGAUAGCCUUAUUUCUUGAUUGCCAUCCUUGUACAAGAGCAACUUCUGUAGUAUGAUGUGUUUUCAAAAAGAAACUGAACUGUUGAAAUAGUGUGCUAACUGACUACAGGUGCUGUGACUGUUAGUUGUCAAACUACAGCGACUGAAGUGUGCACAUGAAAGAACUUAAAGAACAACGUGUUUGAAAUUUUACUAUGAACUUGUCACAACUGUGGUGGAGAUAAUUUAAUUGCAUAACAAAGCAUAGGGGAGGAACUAAGCCAGUGAACAAAGUUUAUGUUAAACAACUUACUUAAAGUUAUUCCGUGAAAUAUUUUAAUAUCAUCAGUUUUCCAUUGGAUUUAUUCAUUGUUAUUUACAUUUUGUUUGCUUAGCCUACCAUCCAAACAAGAACCUUUAAUAAUAAUUAUUAUAAUAGAAGCCAUAGUUUUUAUAAUGUGAAAAAUAUAUUCAUAUCAUCAUUGCUUCAGUACAUUAAAUACACCACAUCUAACAAAAGUACAGUUAUGAUAUUUUAAUUAAAACUAUUAUAGUGCAAUUUAUGGAAACAUGUAUUGAGUUUAAUAACCUUGUAAAACAUAGUAGUUUUUCUUUAUAAGCUUUGAUUUACCUCACUUUUAUAGUUCCUUAGUUUUUAAUUAGUCAUUUAUUGUUUUAUUUUCCUUUACUGUUAAUAUAGUUCUUGAUAAAACCUUCUUUUGUCGAAUACAACUUUUAGUUGUUUAGUUUGUAUUUUUAUUGGGAGCACUAAUCAAUCAAAAAAAUAUUUGUACUUUUAACAAAACAGUCAAAUUAAUAGCUUGUUUUCAUUGGUUGCUAAGCUUAGUUAAGGUCCAUACUGCGUGCAGUAUUUCAAAAAGACUUCUAUGAAUGAAUUUUUUACUUACGUUAACUAUUGGUUAAAUUAUAAUUUAUUUAGAUACUACACGUAACAGUUAUAAUAAUUUUGGAUAAGUGUUACUAGUUUACUUUGCAAAUAGAUAUUAUAUUCCAAUUUAUGAAAACCAAUAAUAAAAUUACUAUUUUAAAAAUAACGUCCUCUUUAGAUUGUCUAUAAAAACUAUUUUGUUGCAUUAAAAGAACCAGUACAAAGUGACAGAUAUCUGUAAAAAUGUAAAAAUAAUUAAAAUAAGUUAAUAGGUUAAUGCUCAAUAAUUUUUUUUAUUUGACUUUUUAUUGGUUAGUAUUGAAUACAGUGUGUUACAUGUAGGUAUUCAUAUACAAUGUGUUUAUAAGUAUUAACUUACCACAGCGAAGAGCACGUUCAAAAGUUAUGACGAUUUAAAAUUUGUCACCAUUUCAUAAUAAUGUUACUGAAGUAAUUUUUAAAAAUUUGUAAAAUUUUCUUCAAUUAGACUGAUAUUGAACACCAUGUGUUACACACUGCAAAAGGCUUUUAGGUAUUCAUGAUGGCCUAUAACUACAUUAUACAGAAUAGGACUGAUAUAAUGUAUAUGAAUGCUGCCUUCUGGAAUUAAAAUAGUCUGAAAAAUCAAAAGUACUAAUAGUGUUACUUCCAGCACUGACAAAUAAGUUAAAAAUACACUCUAAUUUGUACAAAAAUGGAUCUUUCCCUCAAUGUAUGGAGAUACAUUCAAACCGUUGUUUAUAAGUGUUUCAUGAAUACCUUAACUCGUAAAUAUUUUAGAAUAAACUCUUUUUAACAGUUAGAGGGGAUUUGUGAUAUGUAGGUUACUGUACAUAUGUAGUGUAAAAGUCCAAUGAUAAUUAGUAAAUAAUAUUAUUCAAACAUGU